UUCAGCAUAUAACUUGCGAAUACAAUAUGAGGAACGUAUUAUUUAUUUACGUAUGGAUAACAGUGUUCAUACAAGAUUCAUUGCUCAUGACGUGUAGCGUAGGAUGUGCGGUUAAUCACUGUCAAAACAAUGGCAUAUGUACCCAAUGCGUAGACGGGUACCGCGAUACGUACUGCAAUGUUAGCUGUCCUGAGGGAUGUAAUAACAAGGCAUGUACACAUGUUGGUAAGUGCAAUUAUGGAUGUAAAGAAGGAUACUUUGGUAUCAAUUGCUGUCCAUCAGGCUGGUUUGGAUGGUCAUGUGAGUUAGAAUGUCCAAUAAACUGCUUCAACUGCACGACUCAGUAUGAUUGCCAAAGUUGCAAAGACGGAUUUUAUGGACAAUCUUGUUAUAUGCAAUGUUCGAACAGGUGUCAAAAAUGCACACCAUUUGGACAAUGUUCGUCCUGCAAGGCAGGUUAUUACGGGUCAAACUGUCAGGGAAACUGUCCUCAAAAUUGUAUGACGUGUACAGCUGGGAAUAAAUGCCAAAGUUGCACUGAUGGAUUUUAUGGAGACAGAUGUGACACUCGUUGUCAAGGAAAUUGUAAAGCAUGUACAUCAAUGAAUUCGUGUACUUUAUGCGCGAUAGGAUUUGGGGGAGCAAAAUGUCAGAUUAAUUGUCACGAAAACUGCAUGACGUGUGAUGACGAAAAUAGUUGUACAGCUUGUAAAGAGGGAUUUUCAAAACCUGAAAACGCAUGUAAGUGUCAAAAUAGUUUGUGCGAUUCUUUUUCAUGCAUGUCCUGUACAAAUUCUUCGUACUAUGCAUAUAACCAAACAUGUUGUCCCUGCAGCAACAAUUGCAAAGAUACAUUAUGUACAUCGCUAUUCCAGUGUAAAAACGGAUGCAAAAAUGGUUACUAUGGCGCGGGAUGUCAGUUUGAAUGUGCCGACAUAGAUCGCAACUGUGGGGUAUGUGAUGGAUUAAAUAACAACAACUUUAAAUGUACACAGUGUCUUGAAGGAAAUUACGCUAACAAAUAUGGGCUUUGCACACCAUGUUCUACAACGUGUAUUGGCGAUAAAUGUAACAAUUCUACCGGAGAAUGUAAACAUGGGUGUCGUGACAGAUUUUGGAAUUCUCCGCAAUUAGACGGACCCUGUACGCCUUGUUCGAAAUAUUGUUUUAGCGGUGAUUGCAGUAAUUUAACCGGGCAUUGCAUACACGGUUGUGUGAGCGGGUUUUGGAAUUUAUCAUGCGAAUUGAAGUGCAAAGCCAAUUGCUCAAUAUGCGAGCGGGAGAGUGGGACGUGUUUGGAAUGCGCUUCCAAACAUCUUUAUGGAAAUGAAUGUUUGCUGACGUGUAGUGAUACUUGUGUUAACUCAUCAUGCAAUAUGAAUGGAACAUGCACGAGCGGUUGCAUCUUUGACUUUAUUGGACCGUCAUGUGAAAAGCAAUGUCCUGCGAAUUGUGCUCGAAAAUACGUUUACACCCGAUGCUCAAACGAAACAGGAAGCUGUCUUUUUGGUUGCAGUGCAGGAUUUACAGGAGUCGGCUGCAUGGAAGCUCUGCAGCAAGAGAGCAGUGAAAAUACCGUGCAAUCAGCUGCAAUUGGAGGGGGUGUUGCUGGUGCUGUAAUAAUCGUUGUUGUGACAGCUGCCGUGGCUGUAUUUAUGUAUAUGCGAAGAAGGUUUGUAUGCCGACAGUCACGAUAUUAUGAAUACUUUCUCUCCAAAAUGUUUCUUCUAGUUUUCUAUACGACAUGUUACCAUUCAACGUCAAAACAUACGACAAAUAACUGUUCAUUUUGUGAAAAGGCAUCAACCACCAAGCAUGAUGGCGUUCAAGAAACACCAACCAUUGUAGAAAGUCCAUCUGCACCGGUAUAUGCCACUAUUGUUCGAAGUGGACAUACAGGUUCGGUUUAUGAAAACACAUCAACCGUAACAAUUCAUGACGCACCCAUUACAGUGCUCAAUCCUGCCUAUUGUAACAGCAAUAUGCAACCCCAUAAGCCAAUCGAUUGGAGUUCCAAAGCCGAUGAAGAAACGUUUGAGAUUGAUGAAUGGGACAAAAUUGCCCGCAAAAAUGCGAUCAGAUUUGAGGAGAACGGAGGGGUGUACUACAACAAUGACGAUAAAAUAAAAAAUCUGAAAAUACAAAAUACAGAGCUGAUCAAAUUGGUGUCGUCCAAGACUAUGGACUAUUACGAAGCCGAGUUCAAGAAACUUCCAUACGGUCUUCUAAAAGACUACAAGGUGUCGCAGAUGACGGUGAACAUCACCAAAAACAGAUAUAAAGGAAUAUAUCCAUAUGACGACCACAGGGUAAAGGUUCAAGGUGAUCACACGGACUACAUUAACGCCAGUUUCAUUGACGGUUACAAACGGCGAAACGAAUACAUCGCAACAUUAGGGCCAAUGUCUAAACAACUUGGUGAUUUUGGAGCAUUCUGGAAAAUGGUAUGGCAGCAGAAUGUAGACAUAAUCGUCAUGCUUACAAAUCUGGUAGAGGAAGGGAAAGACAAAUGUGAGCAGUACUGGCCCGGUUUUGGUGACAGUCAAACGUAUGGUGGCAUCCGGGUUUCAUGUCAAAGUGAAGACGAGUAUGCCAAAUUCACAAGACGGUCGUUCGCUAUUGUAAAGAAACAGGACAGACGAAUGCGGACUUUGACGCAUUUGCAUUUCACAGCGUGGCCAGAUAAGGAUAUUCCGGAAGAUGUAACGUCGAUCAUCGAGUUCAGGCAAUACGUCAUGCGUGCCCAGGCAACACUUGUGGGUCCAAUCAUCGUGCACUGCAGUGCAGGCGUGGGACGAACAGGAACCUUCAUUGCUAUAGACAUUCUAACGAAGGAAGGCGAAGCAGAAGGGGCAAUAGAUAUACCCGGUUGUUUACUAAACAUGCGACAAAACAGGCCGAAUAUGGUUCAGACUGUUGGCCAGUAUAAGUAUCUUCACCACGCAGUUCUUUAUGCUCUGACAAAUGACGUCCAUCCCGUUGCCGGUACACAAUUCCAAGCGUAUAUGGAUACAACGUCAAAGGAUAAUAUCUUCAACAUGUUUAAACAUGUGCAAGAUAUAAAAACAAAUGGAUCAUUGGAUGAAUCUGAAGCAGUGGAAAAGAACACCAAACGCGCUGACAAAAAUAGAGAUGGGGCUGAUAUUCCAGGAGAUGAACAUCGCCUCCGGCUUCACCUUAAUCGCAGACCAGGGUCCUCAGACUAUAUUAAUGCAGUGUUCGUGAGUAGUUUUAAAACGAAGAAUAAGUACGUCCUUGCACAAACCCCUCUCCCGAAUACGGUCGUUGAUUUCAUCACGAUGCUUGUACAGACGGAGUGUUCGUGCAUUGUCGAUUUUGACCCAUCGUUCAAUGGGAACAUCGGCGAGUAUUUACCCGCGGACAAUCAAGUUUUAAAGAUAGGAGUCUUCAACGUCCGUUGUUCGAGGCCCGAAGUAAAUUCCUACCGCAUUAAACGGACAAUGACUAUUGAAAAUCGAGCUAAUCAGACACACGCCGAACUGUCUUUAACGCAUCUGGAGUUUACAGACUGGGACAUGGAAGAACCUGUACCAAAAUCUCCGUUUGACUAUCGGCGAUUUAUUGCCGAAGUUGACGCAGUAACUGCCGGCACGAACUCUGAGAAACCAGUCGUUUUACAUUGUUGGGAUGGUGCAAGUAAAUGCGGCCUGUUUUGUGUUGUUGCAAAUCUCCUCCAGAAGAUGGCGUUAGAGCAUGAGGUCAGCGUAGUUAACGCUGUUAUGACGGUGAAGACCAGAAGAAAGGGCGCGAUCCCAAACCUUGAGCAGUUUCAGUUUUGCCAUGACUGUGUGCUGGACUAUGUGCAAAAUGUCAACAUCUACGCCAAUGUUGCUGCUGAUCUCUCAGAUUGCUGAAUGCAGACACUCAGCCAUGACCGUUUUCCGGACUUCAUUCAUAGCGUAUCAGUGUACUGUUGAUGUCUCUGAUUGCUGGCUACAUACCUACCGUCUGUCAAGAUUGUCUCCUGGAUUAUAUGAACAACAUCGAUAUCUACUUCGAUGGUCAGCUUAUAUAUUCGCAUUUUGAUUAUCAAAUGUCUUCAAUAACUGUUUCUGAAUUACAUUUACAGAUUUUGUAACUUCUUCAACUUCGGUGCAGAUCAAUCAGAUCGUUGACUACAGAGUGACGGAAAUGAAAUUGUUACCUACAACAAGAGCUUUAACAUCUUCUCCAACUUCGCAGCAAACCUCUUAAGAUUGCUUACCUGAUUUAACAAGUGCAAAACAGUUGUCUUUGCGUAUGUCUUAAUUUGUUGAUACAUUUGCAUACAAAACAAAAUGUGAUUUGCAUAUCAUCUGGAAGGAAAGUUGGAGCAGUCCGUUUACACAUCUAUUAUGAGGUUUGUUUAAAGUUAACAUUAUUCUUUUCAAUCGAAUAGGACCUGUUUUUCAAAGUAAUGCUAACAUGUAUUAAUUCAUAAAGUCCUUGUUAAAAUCUAUGCAAUGUGUCAAUGCUUGUAUUGGUAAAAACGUCCGCGUUUUGGUCUAUCAUAAAUCUACCACCAACAAGCGAAAACUAUUGCAUGCAUACUAAUCACAACACAAACAAUGACGUUACGAUACGCGACACAAUUAAAUAUGAAAGAUGUGUAAUGGAUACAGAACGCAUUGAACAGCUUUCUGUUAUUGUGUAGUACAGUCGACUUUAACACAAGUGUUUAUAUCUCGAUAUGUUUAAGAUAGUGUGUAUUGGCGUACACAUGAUAAAUGUUUGCCUUAAAAAACCGUCAAAAUGUUGGACUAAUUUGGAUGGAUGACUACUUCCCUUAAACUUUAUGUUGUUUCUUUGUAAAUAAUAAAUUACAAAAUGUAUUGUGAAGAAAUAAUUCGUGUCGCAUCGAAAAUAUAAUUGCAUGUGCAAAUACCUAAUAAGGAAAAAGUGUACUAACAUAAUAUACAUUUUCGUUUUGUUUUGUAUCGUUCUUAAAAUGAUUGUAUAAUGUACUGUAAAUCACCUUGUUUUUGCUUAACACAAAGGACAUUAAUAAUUGCGUUUUUGUCUAUCUACACACUAUUGCAAUGGGUGGGUAUUCUCUUGUAUUAUUACGGAUGAUUGUCUUGUCAUUGGAACUGAGUGAUGAGUAAAGACUUAUUAGCUGUAUCAAAUGUACCUGUAUAUGUACAGUUCUAUAGUUAUAUAUAGUUUUUAUAAAGUGAAAUGAGUAUGCUGUAUGCUGUAUGCGGUAAUACGUGUGGUAAAUGCAUGCACAUUAUCAAAAUGUCUAAAUACUUUGAUCAAGUUAGGCAUGUCCAAUUUGCAGUCAUUUGAUAAUGUAAAUAUAAUGGGAUGCAGCGGAGUGAGUGUUUUCGAAUCAGCAUCAUUCAGAUUAAUAUGGCUGACGGUAAUCAAAGUCGUGUAUAUUUUGUGUUGAUUCGUUGCCAUAAGUCUUUUAUUUAACGAAACAUGCAACGUUAAUUAUAUUGUAUUACAAUCACUCGAUGAUGAAUGUUUCAAUUACGAUAAUGCCGUUCGACGCUGCCUCUUAUAAAAUUCUGAAUAGAAAAGUAAAAAGAAAGUAGACAAAGGCAGAAGAUGUAAGAGUGAGAGUUCGAUGACAAAUGCUUCCAGUAGCAGGUGCUCAUCCUGAUAUUUAUUUAAUGGAAUGUAAGUUCAAUAUAAUUUACUGCUUUGCUUUGACCGAGCCUUAAUAUACAAAUGUCGGCCUGGACACACGUCGUCUUGCAAUUAGAAAUACUACUUUUUAUUAAUCGAGGUCCGCCACCAAUUAAAAUAUUUCUCAUGUUCAAAUCAAUAUUAACUUUUCAGUUGAAAUGUUGAAUACAUUUUAACAUUCUUGAAAUCUUUUCAGGAUUUAAGCGUAAAUACCAAAGUUAUCGUAGCUCUUAUUAUGUUUAAACAAUAAUAGUUGUUCUUUAUAAUUGUAUAAAUUUAUGCAAUUUUG